GUGGGCUGGUCCACUGUUGCCUUGUUCAGUGCAAGUACAAGUUAGGUGGCUCGGCAGCUUGCUGCUGUGUCCGGCUGCAGCAGGGUUGUUGUGUUGCAGCUGCAGCAGACACAGGAAGGACUGGAGGCAGGGACAAGAAAGGGGCAUUGGACAUGAAGAUGUCUGUCCUGCUGUCUCAGGCUGUCCCUAGCAGCACGUCUGGCAGUAUGGAGUCUCAGGAUAAAGAAACAUGCAUGGGUAUCAACAAUCAAAGCUACAUAUGUGAAACGGGUCACUGCUGUGGACAAUCUCAGUGCUGCAAUUACUACUACGAGCUAUGGUGGUUUUGGCUGGUGUGGACAAUUAUUAUUAUACUCAGUUGUUGUUGUGUAUGCCAUCACCGGCGAGCCAAACACAGACUCCAGGCACAGCAGCGGCAGCACGAGAUCAACCUCAUAGCUUACCGAGAAGCUCACAGCUAUUCUUCCGUGCCAUUUUACUUCCGCUUUUUGCCAAACUACCUGCUACCUCCCUAUGAAGAAGUGGUAAACCGACCUCCUACUCCUCCUCCUCCAUACACUGUCUUACACCAACAGUGUGUUGCAGCAUGUGCCAACUUGGUGACCUCUGACCCUGUACGAAACUCACAGCAAAGCCAAACAAAUUCUCCGGCUGCGGCAAGCUGCAGUGGAACAAGGCCUCCAAGUGUCAAUGAUUGUGAACCCUCCACUACAUGUCUAGAGAGGGUAGCGAACAAACCCAGUGGCCUCGAUUCCAGCGACCCAGCUAGUGGUGCAGAGUUGGAUGAAAUGGCAGAUCAAGUGUCCUUCUUAGACAAGGAUUCAAAAGAACUCUUAAAGGACUACAGCUCUGAAAGUUUCGAUCAGAGCGGUUUCUUUGAUGGCAAAGACAAAACGCCGGGGAGACACCGGAGGUUCACCGGUGACUCCGGCAUCGAAGUUUGCCUGUGCAGUAGAGGCCAUGAUGACUUCAAAGAAGUUGAUGGUUUAAUCGAUGACACAGGGGAAAACUUUUGUGACAGCUGUAAUUCUUGUGAUGUUCGCCCCCACAGAGAUGAAGAAGAAGGGAUUUUUGAUCAGCCUGAGGUUCCCAGAGAUCUAGAACAUCCCCCUUUACCAUGUCAGCCUUUGAGCUUGCUGAACACAAUCAAUGAGCAAGACUCUCCUAAUUCUCACAACAGCAGCAGCUCCCGUGGCUAGAGAACCAUCCGUUCCUGCAGAAGUAUAUUCAUGACUGACUCUGUACCACCUGUUUUGGUUUUUUGUUAUUCUUUUCAUUGUCCUUUUACAUUAUGAGACUCGGAAAUGCUCUACCAAAGCUGAUCAAAAGGACAAUGAAAGUCAUGUGCCCAGUGCAUCAACUAAUGCCUUGUUUUUGAUGGGGCUAUGAUACCGGUAAUUUUGGUGACGGAAUCGGACAAUAAAAAGUGGAAACCAGAGAUGAAAGCAUGUAAGGUUGAGGCUUCAGUAUGAGAUGUCUGGAUUUUAUUGGAAUCCUUUUUUGAUGAACAAUCUUUUUCUCUCCUAGUUAAAUUGCUUCUCUACAAUAGAAUAUUAUACUAGCAAACGUAAAUGUUAAGCGCCAGUGGAUGAGAGCAACUGACAAUUACCCUGAUGAGAUUGGUAAGCUUAUGAUGUUACACUCGAGAACUGGAGGAGUGUACACUGAGAAAGAAGAACCAGGUUCUUAGCCAGUAUUGUGAACAAAUAUUAAAAUCGGAGGCAGGGUGGGUGCAUCAGUGUUCUUGUAGCAGGGGUGUUUGCUUACACACACUAUUAAUUGCAAGCAAACACGUCACCCCAAUAUUUUUCCACUAAUUGGCGUUCAUAUGUUACAUGGUGGGAUAAUAAAAAUAUAUAAUUCUCACCUCAAUGGAGAAUUUAUUUGUUUUUAUAAAAAAAUUUUUUGUUUAGUAUACUUUAUAUUAUUGUGUUAUAGCCUUAAUUCAUUAUUUUUUUUUUAUUUUUUUUGGGUGGGUUGGGGGAAUUAUUCACGCAGCUGGUCUGCUCAGAACAUACUGUCCUCUGCUUUUCCUUCACCCAUUGGCGGCUGCUGUAGCACGCACAGAUUAUUGCAGGGGGUUAAAAAAUUAAGACUUGCCCCAGGCUUUUAUAUUAAGUGGACUUGGCUAAGAAUAUGCCCGGUUAAACGCCAGCUCUCUAUCCACUGUUUAACAUGAGCACAUUAACUUUUUUGGAGCAGUAUUUUUUUAUUUGUAUUUUUUUUUCCUUCAAGUAAAAUUCUAAUGCAAUUUUCACAUUGACCACUACAAAAAAAAAAAAUGUUCUUGUGGUCAUUGAUUAUGCCUAUGAGAAUGCAUGUCUACGGUAGUAUGUAUUCCAUACUGUAAGCUAAAUGGUUAUGAUGUUACUGCGAUUUUUGAGUUCGAACAUAUUGUAUUUUUUUUUCCUCUUAAAUGUUGAACAUUCCCUUGAAUGAGACAGAUGGGAAUUGUCUUUAUAACUUCUAGUAAAUUUACUAUACUCGUUGUUUAUUCAGAUUGUGACCAUUCAACAAGACGUUGAAACGUUAGGAUGCUACAAAAUUGCCUAGUGGAAAGUGCAAGACUUUUUGUUUUUGAGCAGUGACUGCUCUAUGCUUAGGGAAAGAUGUUAAUUUUACAUUUUUAAACAAAUGUGCACUUCUGAUAUUUACAGCAAAUCAUCUAUGGCAACAUGGAUCUAUAUUGACAACUUUCUUGCACUGGAUUGUCAUUUUAUUGUUUAAUUAAAGACAACUUUUGAGAAUAAAA